AUGGGCAGCUUCCUGGGCAGGCCGGGUCCCUCGGCGUCCCCGGCCCGGGCGCGCGCGGGUUCGCCAGCGAGGCCUCGGAUCCGCGGGCCGGCUCCGCCGCUCUGCCACGUCCAGCGGGUCCAGUACAUCCAUCGCGCCCAUCCCGCCCCACGGCGCAGGCCCCCUAAGAGGCCGCCGAGCCGGGACCCUGCCCAUCCUGCGAGGGUGGCCAACGAGGCGUGGAGGCGCUUUCCCAUGCACAGGUUCCAGAAUUCCGUCGUGGGGCCGCUCCCCGCAGAUUGGUGGGAAAGCUACCUCAAGCGGACCAUUUGGUCGCUGCGGCACCCGCGGGCGGUGUGGAGCCCCGUGACGGUCACGAUCUCUUCUCCCGAGCAGAGGGCGCCCCCCUCCGUGGCCUCGGCCAGCGUGAUUGCCUCCGCGGGACCCUCGGAGGAGCCGCCAGACCCGUGCGCCCAGGAGACGGUGCUGAGGGCGCUCCGGGAGUGCAGGAGAGGGAGCGCCAGGGGGCGAGAGCCGCCGCUCCCCGAGAGCCCCGAGCCGGAGCCGACUCGCGAGAGCCGGCCCUCCGCCUUUAGGCCGCUGGCGAAACACCAGGCCGGCGCCGGUUUCGUGCCCAGGCCUGGGCCUCUGAAAAGGAGCUGCCACUCCUGGAGCUCCGGCCACAGCCUGAAGAGGUUCGGUUGCUCCUCCGAGAGCUCCUCUGCCGGCAAACGCACAGCAGGCCCCCUCUGCUCCAAAAGAAACGCCAUAAGCAGUUCUUACAGUUCUUCCAGAGAUUUCGUCGAGCCACGGAAGAGCAGUUUUUCCUGUACCUCAAUCCAGACACCAGAGUGGCCAGUGAAAAGGAAAGAGAAAGGUCCCCAGUCUCGGUCUCCAGUCCCAGCGGCGUCGGACCCUGGAUGGCCUCGAGCACCUGACAGUUGUGGGCAGCACACUCUGAAGGUGCCGAUGCUGCCAUCUCCCCCCGGGAACCUGCUGUCUACCAGCCCAGCUCCCCAGGUCCUCAUCACUGUCCCAAGUGUGAGCUCUGCCUCUGGGGAGGCCCUGACCUCGGGGAAGAAAACUGAGCGGCAAUGGAGUGACAAAACCAGAGAGAACACAGGCAAGGCCUGGCCUGGCAUUCAGCCUUCCCUGUCUUUCACUGGGCCUCCUUCAGGUACAGCGGCUGCCACCGGCACAGGUCCUCAGCUGGAAAUCUUGAAGAUGCAGAAGUCUCCAGGUCCACUGGCCUCCCCAGGGUCUACUGGAGAGGCAACCAGUGUGGUGCAGUGCUCUCAGAAGACACCUAACCUGCCGACCCCAGCUGAAUACUCACACUCAGAGCCCCCUGCAGAGAACUCUUCAGAGGCAAAGCCCACAGCUACUCUCAUCCAGCUGACCCCAGCCUCUCCCACAUCACCAGCCACUGACACCACUGGGCUUCCUUCAACCCCUCAGGCUGACAAGUCUGCCAUGCCCCCAGGUCCUCCUGUGGUUACCCUCGCAGCACCCACCAUGCAAAGCUCAAGAUUUGGGGUGAUGAGCACCUCAACUCCCCACCCUUCCCCCACCCCUCCUGCUGUAGCUUCGGUUUGCCCCAUAUUAAGACCUACUCUGGGGCCCCUGCACAGCACUGAGAUAGCAGGCUCCUUAAAUCCCAGAAUCCCAGUCACACCUGUAGCAUCUGCAAGCUCUUCAUUCCCCACCACUCCAGGUGUCUUCCCACCCACCUUCAAGCCUGUCUUUGGUAGCACAGGACCACUUAAAACUAUGCCAGUGCAGGCUCCUUCCCCCUGCAAGCAGCCCUCUCCUCCAUGUGCUCCUGCUUCCUCUCCUCUGCCCCAGGGCCUGGCCAGGGCCACCCCUGUGGUCAGGUCCACGCUAACCAGCACAUCUAGAGACCCAGCCUUCAAGCCACCUUUGGAUCUUGGCAUCACAGGUGACACUUCCUCUGUCCUCACCUCCUGUAGCACUUUCAUGCUCGGGGCAGCCCAGACCUUCGGGGCGAGUUUCUCCCCAGCCCCGGGCUGCGUUUCUUCACCACACCAGCACCCUGUCAUCCCCACUGUACACACAGUCACUGUCUUUAGCCACGUUUUCCCUAGUGUUAUCCAGAUAUUCCCCUGCAGGGGCACUGAUGGUCUUCGGGAUGUGUCAGCCCCAGCCCUAUUACCUGCAAACCAGGCUGCGUUGUCACCCCGCAUCUCCAAUCUGACCCCAGCAUUCACAAUUCCCAUGGGGUCAAGCUCGAGGCCACCUAUCCCAUUAUUCCCAGGAGUCACUCCCCAGCCUGCAUCUGGGGCCAUUGGUGAGCAGAAGCAAGGCCUCCCCCAGCCAGUGCUUGCCCCACUCUUGGGUAACUCAUUACUUUUUGGGAACUCAGCAGUGGCAUCCCCAACUCCAGUGCCAACUUCAGCUCAGACAGCCUUUGGGGGUGUGAUACCUGCAGCCCCCACCCUCCACACGCCUGCCAGCAUGCAGCCAGGCCUGGGCAGCACCUGUGAUGGCCUCCCCUCGGGUCCAGGCAAUCCAGUUGGCUCUGGAGUUGCCACCCACAGCCAUGUGAGUGGGGCUCGAGGCUCAGUGUUUGGCAGCACAGCACCUCGGCCUUUUGCCUUUGGGGGACUGGUGACCCCUAUGGACUGUGGGGAGCCUGGGGUCCUCAUCACUGUCCCAAGUGUGAGCUCUGCCUCUGGGACUUCCAAUGCUGAUGCAGGGCUUAGUGGGACCACUAGCCCUGUGACACCCUUUGGAGAAGGCUGGAGCCUUCCCCGCCAAAACACACCUUUGUUCUUGGGAAAGGCCAGCUUCUCUGCCAAAAAGAUUAUGUCUUUUGCUCACAGCACCCCUAUUCCUGGGCCAGUUAAGUGGGUUCUUGGAGAAGCUGUCGAUGUCAUUUGA